AUUCUAUUCUUUUCUCUCUUUUACUUAAAUAAUAAAUAUUUAUGAUAUUUAUUAUUUUGACAUUCUUAAAAUCUCUUUUGUUAUUGCACAUCACUCUUUUCACUUGGCCUUCAUAUAUUUGAAUUAUUGUUGCCUUGACUCCUAUUGUUUCCUUUCGUUUUAUGAUUGUACCACUGUAUAUAUUUUGUUCAUUGAGUCGGCAACUUUUGUAAUUGUUUGGGCUCUUAAACUUAUCCGUGUGGGUAAAUCACGGACAAUGUUCACAUGGAGUUCGUAGUAAAGGUGAACUAGACACCAACUCGUAUCGGUGAUUUAAGCAUACGAGCACGUUUCUGGGGUAUGAGACGUGAGAAGAUCAUGAUCGUUAUUGUUUUGUGGAAUGUUUCAUACAUUCUUUAUUUCUUCUUGUGGAUAACCGAAGAAGAAAUCAUUGUUCUGUAUUUGCUCGGUGAUUGGAGUUGAGCAAGUACAGUUUUGUGUAAGAGACCCGUAUUGUGUCAUUUAUUCAUCAUUGAGUCUUAUUUAUAGUUCAUUGUUUAUCUCGAUUAUUGUGACUUGAGGUACUUAUUUGUACCAAUUUAUUGUAAUCAUUGUUUCGAGAUUAUUGAUACUCUUUGCACCUACACUAUUUUUAUAUUCGUACUGGGCAUUGGCUCACUCUCGUUUGCUUUCUUUCCGCAGGUAAUCAGGGGUAGCGGGGAUCGUGAUGAGUGACACCCACCUUUAGUUGCUUUCGUUGUUAGGGGCUAUAAUAAGACUUUAGAGCUUAUAUUUCUAUUGGUUUCAGACUUUGUUGGAUUUAUUAUCAUGGAGUUUCAGACUUUAUUAUCCAUAUUGACAUUUUGGUUGUUAAAUUAUUAUAUUAUUUCUGAAUGAAUUUAGAAUUAUUUAAUCGUUUAGCCCCAUUGUAAAAGUGGGGUGUUACAUUUUUGGCAUCAGAGCCCAGGUUAUGAUUCUGUAGACUAGCCUUAGGGCAUUUGACCUGUGAGUUUUGGGUUGACUUCGUAUGGGUAGAAGUAAGAUUUUGAUAUAACUGCGAUAUUUACUCGAUAUUCACUCUAUAUGUGUUCUCAUAAUAAAUGUUGCAGGAUGCCGCCUAGAAGAGAUACCUCGAGAAAUAAUGCAGGAGGACAACAGAUCGUGAUGGACAGGGAAACUUUCUUGGACAUGGUUAGGGAGGUAGCUAAUCAGCAAAGGCAGAAUACUCCUGGUAAUGUGCCCAAUCAGGAAGGCCAGACUAUGUUUGACCGUUUUAUGAAGCAGCGGCCCAAUGUUUUUAAGGAAGCUAAACACCCUAUGGAUGCUGAGGCUUGGAUUGAUCACAUGGAGAAAAUAUUUCGGGUCCUAAAUUGUUCUGAGGAGGAGAAAGCUCGUUUUGGUAUCUACCGUCUUGAGGGGGAUGCUAGUACUUGGUGGAAGUCAGUGGUGGCUUCUCAUGCAGCUGGGUAUGAGGACACUCUCACCUGGAAUGUGUUCAAGGCACAUUUUGAUCAGAGAUAUUUUCCUGCUAGUGUUCGGGAGGAGUAUGCUCGUGAGUACCAGAAUAUUGCUCAGAAGGAGGAUGAGUCUGUGGCAGAUUUCCAGAUUCGAUUUCAGAGGUUGGCUAAUUAUGCUCGGUCUAUUGCUGGGAACGAUGCUGAUAAAAUUAUGAAGUUCAAGUGGGCUCUAAAGACUUCAAUCCGGAAUCAUAUUAUCGCCAACCGCUACACCACUAUGGACAGCUUAGUUGAUAGUGCCAGGGACCAGGAGCUUCAUCAGGCUGAUUUUCGUAAACAAAAGGACAUGCAGGGUCAGAAGAGGAAGAGAGAUGAUGAUCCGCCCAAAUUCCAGAAUAAUGGUGGAUCUUCGGGCGGAUUUAGACAGAACAAUCAGAGGUACAACACCCGCAGCUUUCAGCAGAAAAAUGGGAAUCAGGGGAAUCAGCAAAACAGGUCAGGCAAUCAAUCUGGGAGUCAGUCAGGCGGUCAAACUGGUCAGAAUGGAGGAAGGUCUGCUUGUGCACACUGUGGGAAAAUGCACAGUGGUGUUUGUCACUGGAUUUCCAGAGCAUGUUUCAAUUGUGGCCGUCAAGGCCAUACUAUCAAGGACUGCAAGGCACCAUUAAAGAAGUCUGGGGACCAGAAUAAUAAUACUGGGAAGAAUGAGCAGAAAAGUUCUGGACGCGUGUUUUCUCUCACUGCAAAGGAUGCGGCUAACUCUUCAGGUAAUCAGGGGUAGCGGGGAUCGUGAUGAGUGACACCCACCUUUAGUUGCUUUCGUUGUUAGGGGCUAUAAUAAGACUUUAGAGCUUAUAUUUCUAUUGGUUUCAGACUUUGUUGGAUUUAUUAUCAUGGAGUUUCAGACUUUAUUAUCCAUAUUGACAUUUUGGUUGUUAAAUUAUUAUAUUAUUUCUGAAUGAA